AUGCAUCCAAAGGUGAUAGUUAUUAGAAAGGAAUCUAACAUUUCUGAGGAGUGGCAAUGCCAUUUUAACUAUAUUUUAGAUAAUCAUUUAGAAGAUACCCCAACUGAUGAACCUCUUUAUAGCAUGCCAAAUACCAUCUCAUCUUUAAUUAAAAAAAAAACUAUUACAUUAGCUUUUAUUAUAUGUGGUAUUGCUUUUCAUAUAAUCAAUAAUCCUUUUUUCAUAAAUGCUUUAAAACUUAACUCUAGUUAUGAAGCUCCAUUAUAUGAAGUUCUUUCUGAACAUUUACUAAAUAUUAAAAUAGCAAAAGUUAUUAAUAAAGUUAAUAAAAUUAUAGGAAGUGCUACUAAUCUUACUGUUGGUCUCAAUAGUUGGACUUUCUCUAAUGGAUUAUCAAUUUGGAAUUUUGUUAUUAUAAUACUGUCACAAGAAGAAUAUUUUUAUGAACUUAGUAAUUAUUUAGAUCAAUCUCAUAUAGCAAAAUUUUUGACUAGCAAGAUUGAAUUAAUUGUAAAUCAUAUUGGCAGUAAUAAAAUUUCAGCAAUUAUCAGUGACAAUGGAGCCAACAUAGCAGCUGUAUGA